AUGAUGUCCUUUGAGGAUUUUGAGGGGAAAACGAGUGGUUGCUCGGGGCUGGUUUCUGGAGGAUUUAUUGACGACAACAACUUGGCCAAGAGAUUGGCUGAUCUUGCUGCAACCCGGGUGAAGGUUCCCCGACCUCUGAAGCGCCGUACCGGCUGGAAGAUCCUGGAGGUCUUUACCUGGACUUGUUUGCUGAGCCGCUUGGCCGAUUCCUGGGGAUGGGAGUUUUGUGAACCCAUCACCAUUCCCAACUGGGAUCUGCGCCAGCAAUCUGACAUCAAGGCGGCCUUGGACUACGUGGAUCGAUGUGAUCCGGAUUUGCUGGUCAUCGCUUGGCCGUGCACCCGGUGCAGUCCCAUGCAGAACAUGAACAUCAAAACCGAGGCCCAACGUCAAGCUCUGGCGGCGGGACAACUGAAUGAGCGCAAGACUUUCCUGUCCUUCACACGACGUGCUGUGCUCAAGCAACGGGCACGCCGAAAGGCAGUCCUUGGUGAGAAUCCGCACCCUUCAAAAGCCUGGAAGCAGCCAGAGAUCAUCGAUGCCUUUGAAGGACUGCCACAAGCGGUGAUGGACCAAUGUAUGUAUGGUCUCAAGCAUCCAGAGAAUGGUACGCCGAUUCAGAAGGCCACCAGAUGGAUGGGCCAAGAAGAGGUGCUUACCUACCUCCACACCCGCUGCUCCGGAGACCACGACCAUGAGGUCAUUCAAGGCAAUGUGCGCGUGGGCGGCAGGACAGUCAAACUGUCCGAAUGGUGUGGGGGCUAUUCCCUUCCUCUAUGUGAAUCCAUCAUCCGAGGAGCGGAGCUCUACCUCCAAUCAGACUCUCGAAAUGCGACCUAUUACCACAAUGAGGUCAUGGCGGAGGAAUUGAUGAUGGAUGGAGAAGAAGUACAAGAACGAGCGGAGGAAGAAGAAGAAGAGCCAGAUACAAAUCCAGAAUUCCAAGAACCCCGGAUGCUUCCGGAGGACAAGCAGGAAAAGGACAUAGAGGAUUUACUCGAUGAGGCAGUCGAGGAUCCGGAAUCAGCGGCCCAGCAAUACGCUGAACGGCAUGCACAGAAGGAUCCACCACCGGCUGCGCCGGACCACCGAAGAUUUCAGGUUGCACCUGAAGUUCGCAAAGCCGUGGAACAAGCCCACAGACAACUUGGGCAUCCUUCAAGAAACACUUUGGUUCGCAUGCUGCGUCUUGCGGGAGCCACGGACGGUGCCGUCGAGCACGCAAAGCUUUGGCGAUGUGAUGUUUGUGCUAGUCGAGCACCUCCUAAACAUCCAACCGCUGCGGCUCCUGGCCUUCGUCCUUAUGGUUUCAAUCGGCACCACUUGGUGGACCUGAAGUACUUCCGAGAUUCCCGACGGAAGCUCUAUGUGGCAUUGUCCAUGCUGGACGCUGGAACUCUUUUCCAUCAAGCAGUUCUCCUCAAGACUCGUCGCUCGGAAUACUGUGCUGACAAGUGGCACAAACACUGGCUGUGCAUCUUUGGAGCUCCAGCCAAGAUCCGGUUGGACCAGGGAGGUAAAGGCUUCGCUCAUAUGAAACAGGCUCUGGCCGCAGCCAUAGCAGCUAAGAACCAGACCGUCAGCCGCGACGGCUACACGCCAAACCAGAGGCUGUACGGCCAAGAGGUCCGCUUCCCGGGCCUGACGGACGAGGAAGAAAGACUGGGUUUUGCCGAGUCCAUCGGUACUGAGGGCGAUGUCGCACGGGCACAUCGACUUCGCCAUUCAGCCCGCCUGGCCCUGCUGCGAACAGAUGUGCAAGACAAACUCCGGCGGGCCAUCUUGCGUAGGCCGAAGAAGUCUACAGAGCCUUUCAUUCCAGGAACCCAGAUCUACUACUGGAUUCCCCAAAAGGGGCAACGCCGCUAUGCAAGUGGCCUGUGGCGUGGGCCGGCUACAGUUCUUGUUCGAGAAGGCCAAACCCGCUACUUCGUGUCCUGGCGAGGACGGUGUUUACUCCUAGCCGAGGAGAACAUGCGGUUGGCCACAGGUGAGGAGCUAGCCCUCCAAUCACCGAUGCCCGAACAAGACCUCAAGGAAUUGGCACGGAUCCUUAAGGACCCCGAAGGCACCAAAGGCUUUGAAGAUGACUCCAAUGCGGCUGCGCCGCCAAAGCCUCCACCACCUCGCAUGUCUGCUUCCAGACAACUCUUAAGAGCACAAGGGCAAGCUAUGAUGCGAGGGCUUCGAAGUGCCAAGCGCCUUUUGAGUGUGCUGCCUCCAACAAGACAGAAUUCAACCAAACGACGGAAGAUGAUCGCCGACGGGCAGCGCCCUAUGGCAUUACCUCCUCCAGAAGCUCCGAGAGAGAGGUUGCAAUUGCCAGGUGUGGCCGCCAGAGCUUUAGCCCCACCUGAACCUGAUCAUCAACCUGAUGAUGUUUCUCCAGUACCAACCACUCCUUUGGAUGACACUCAAGCGGAGCCACCGCAGGUAUUGGAUGAGGAGCUGCAGAACAUUGAAGUUCGGCGCAGACAUCUCCUCGAUGAUGUUCCAAUCUCAGUCAAACGAAAGGAAAUUCCAAGAGCAGAUCCGUCCACGGAUCACGUUCACAAGAAGCUCCGGGUGGCCUAUGUUUUUGCUUUGGCCAGCAUGUUCCAAGGACAAGAUGCGCCUCAGAAUGAAUGGCUGUCCAAGUACGAAGUGGCCAUGCUGAAAAGCCUCACCGGUUUGGAGGUUACCUCCGCGCGGUUGCACCGUGCUCCAAGGAAGAGAAUGCAAGUACCCACGAAAGCUCGAAACCGAGCACGAACAAGCGUGCUGAUUGGGCAAGACCCUUCUGUGACCCUCGUGGUAGAGGAGAAUGCGCAGGAGGUCACCAUGCAUCCAAAGAAGAAGGCACCUUUCCUCUGGACUGGUUUGACCAUCUUUCACCGUGAAAAGAACCACAAGUCACAUCGGGUCUACGUUGAACUUCCUGGGGGCCUCAUUGAGGCGAAGAUGCAAGAAGCUGCAGAAUUUCAUACCCUGUGGUGUGAGGAAAUCCGAGAUCUACUGGUCGCUGAUGCACUGGUCUUGCGACUGAAGGAGAACAAGAAGGAACUAGAUCCCAAGUUCUUCAACUCCGAGGAACAGGAAGCCUUUGAAAGGGCUGACCAAAAGGAAUGGUCGCAAUGGUUGGCCAACAAAGUGGUGCGAUUCCUUCAGCCGGACGAAGCAGCCCGGGUCCCAAGAUCUAAGAUCUUUCGAGCUCCCAUGCGCAUCGUGAGAGUCAACAAAGCUGCAGAGAAAUUGGCACCUUUGGUGGCGAAAUCCAGACUCAUUAUUCCAGGCCACCUCGACCCAGAAAUCGGAACAUACCGAACAGACUCUCCAACUGCAGCCACUAUGACCACAAGGUUGAUCAAACUUCUGGCUGCGUCCAGAGGCUACCAGAUAUACAGUUUUGAUGUUUCAACCGCUUUUCUCAGUGGGAAAGCCACAGAAAGAGAGAUCUAUGUCCGAGCUCCCACCACCGGUCUACCCCGGGUGGGUGAACAUCGAGCUAUCCGGCCUCUGGAAUUGAUGCAAGUACUCAAGAGCGCCUAUGGGCUGACUGAAAGUCCACGUUUGUGGUACUUGGAGGCCAAGGAUGGCAUGGAUGAGGUAGAGCUGAAAGAACUGGCUGCGUCCAGAAGUGUUUUCCUUGCCUCCGACAAGGGUAAGACUUGGGCCAUCUGCGCCCUUCAUGUCGAUGAUGGCCUUCUAGUUGGGGAUGACAAGGAUGAGAAAUUUGUUAAGCUUCGGGAGAAGAUCAACCAGCGUUUUAACAUCAAGGAAUGGCAAUUCCUCGAAGAAGGAAAACCUUUGAAUUUCCUGGGAGUCGAACUCCACAAGGAGAAGGACGGUUUCACCGAUCGUAUGGACAAGUAUGUCCAAGGGAUAGAACCCCCGGACGCUCCGAAGGGGAAGCCGGAAACUCCUCUGUCUCCCGAGCAGGUGACAACUUUGAGGAGGUUGGUUAUGAAAAUGAGAUGGCCAGCACAACACACCAUGCCGCAGAUUCUGUAUUUGGUGUCACGCCUGGCGCAGUCCAUUAACCACGGCACUAUCGCCACUUUCAACGAAGCCAUCAAGGUCCUGAACCUCAUGAAGGAGGAAGUCCACCGGGGACAUGGUCGCCUUUGGUACAGGCACAUCCCAGAGAAGGAGCUGGCGGUCUUCACUUUCUUCGAUGCCAGUCUUGGAAAAGAGGAGCAAGGACGCUCUCAACUUGGAUCAAUCCACUUCGUUGGAUCUGCAAAGGCAUCUCAGGGCCCUGCUCCUGCAAGUGUGGUGGAUUUCACUACAAACAAGUCCACAAGAGUGGUACGAUCUUCAAUGUCGGCAGAAGCCCUUUCACUUUGUACUGCGGCUGACAGGCAUCUCUACCUUCGACUUAUCUUACAGAUGUUGCUCACUGGAGUUCAAGAGAUUGCCCCGACAUGGCGUCAGCAUUUGAAAAUUCCUGGAAGUGUGAUCACUGACGCAAAGAGCCUUUUUGAUCAUCUGGUGACUACAGGCCAGAUCCCUACAGAGCGUCAAACGCUUUUGGAUCUCCUCGUUUGCAAGGAUUUGGUGGAAAACAACGUGGUAUUGAUGCGAUGGGUCCCUACAUAUCGGCAAUUUGCCGACUUCCUGACAAAGAUGAUGGCGCCGGUGCUCUGGGCUGAGUUCAUGAGAAGUGGACGUAUCAGCCUGAAAGAAACCGCAGAAGAGGCAAAGGAAGAAGAAAGACGUCGCGGUCUACGAAAAGCCCAGCGGCAGCGCCGCAAGGACCGCAUGAAGGGACUCGAAGCUAAUAGCCCGGCUGCGUCCGGCAAAUCUAUCCUGGCUGCGUCCAGUCGAUCUCGGUUGCCAAUGCGCAACUUUUGA